AUGUCAAAGGUCUCGACGUUCGUGCGCAAACUCUUUCGCAAAGACGAUCGCGACGAUCGUGGGGUGCACCUUCGACUGCGAAGAGCUGUGGCCGCGGGCAAAGCUCGUCAAGUGGCCGUGUUGCUCGAGAAAGGGGCGUGUCCGAUUUGGAUGGACGACGACGCCCACAGUCGUCGACGCUUCCGUCGCCGUCACUCGGACCCGUGUCAACUCAACGCACUGCUGCUCGCCUGUCGUCUCGGCGACGUGGAGGUGCUCAGUCUGCUGCUGGACGCGUUCUUCGCAGAACCGCAAGUGCUGGCACACUUCAGCCGCGCCAUGUACUGCCUCGUGAUCCGCUACGGCCAUUGGAACGCUUUCCAGCGACUGCAACAACGCCGCGUGCCAAUGACCUCCGUGUCUUCUGCGUCGUCCAUCGACUCCAUUGACUCUCGCGCGUCCGACGCGUCGAGUCGACUGCUGUCUGCUGCAGCAAUGGAGCACUCGAGCUCGAAGCUCCCGAUGCCCGUAUUCGUCGCGGCAGAACACGGCCGUCACCACAUCUUGAGCUUCUUGUUGGACCGCUGCCCUCAGGACUGGGCGCACUACUCGUUCGAAGGGUAUUCGCUCUUGACGGUGGCCACUAUCAACGGGCACUACGAGUGCGUCCGUGUCUUGCUUGACCGUCAGGUCGCUAGUGGGAAAACCAUUAACGCUGCAGUCGCUGCAGCGCGCCGCCAUCGCCAGGCGCACAUCCUCGUCCUGCUCACAAGCCGUCUGCCUGAGUUCACAUCCGAUUCGGAACCUGCGUACAAGCGCCGAGAAAAUCUGCCACUCAACAACAGCCACAACAACCACAACAACCACAAGAACAACAACAACAACGUCAGUGACUUGAUGGGCUACCGAUUGAAGUCGUCUUGUUACGCCUCCUCACUCCUUCGAGGUCGCGCCUCAAUUGCAGAGACUGUGGCAAGCGAUUUCGACGAUGAUGGAAGACGCAGCAGUCUCCUGAGUGUCAGCUCACCUGUCAACUACAACCAGAGCUUGGACCACGUCGAGGAGAUGCGCAUUCGAGCGGAGAUGGCGCGCGAGCAGCAGCAGAUCGGUAUGAAGUGGUUCUUUGAUGGACGUGGACCAGCUGCAGGUGUGCCACGCCGCGUGGAUCCCCACGGACUGAGUGCGGGCAGUAUCCGAGUGCUCACGUCGGCGCGCGAAGGUGCUCCGAGCUCGAACGACAGCAGCUCUUCGUGCCAGGAAGACGUGUCGUGGUACGCGGUCAAGUCGAGUGACAAGAGCCUGCAGCAACUCGAUGAUCUAUUGACGAGCGAGGAAGAGGAGGAAGAGGAGGAAGAGGAGGAGGAGGAGGAAGAGGUGGAAACGUACUACGAGUCGAUGUUUCUGGUUCACGAAGAUGAAGUGACCGAGACGUCCGAUGAGCUGCCUCCUCUGUUCGAAGAAGCACAUAUGCCAGUGACAACCGCCCAGUCUUCAGGUGUGCAGCGAUCCGAGAGGUCACGUAAGGUCAUCAGUAUCCGCAGCAGUGGGUUGCAAAACCGACUGCUGACUGCCAUCGAAGAGAACUUUGCUGGAGAGACCGAAGCGUAG